GGGGCAGUCCCGGUCCCGGCCCUCCGCGCGGGUGGGCUUGGAGCAGGCCGCACCGGGCGGGAACCCCACUCCCACCCCGGAGGCCCCCUGCCCUUUCUCCCCCUUUCCCCCCGGCCCAUGGUGCGAGGCUGGGAGCCGCCGCCCGGGCCGGACCGCGCUAUCUCUGAAGGGCACAAGUCAGAAAGCACCAUGCCUCCUAAUAAAGAGGCCAGCAGUCUUAAUAGCUCCCCCGCGGGGCUCAUCUGCCUCCCUCCAAUCUCCGAGGAGCUACAGCUUGUGUGGACCCAGGCAGCCCAGACCAGUGAGCUGGAUGGCAAUGAACACUUGCUACAAACCUUCAGCUACUUUCCCUAUCCCAGUCUAGCAGACAUUGCUCUUCUCUGCUUACGCUAUGGGCUGCAGAUGGAAAAAGUCAAGACUUGGUUCAUGGCCCAGCGCCUCCGCUGCGGCAUUAGUUGGUCAUCUGAAGAAAUAGAAGAGACUCGAGCCCGAGUGGUCUACCAUCGGGACCAGCUCCAUUUCAAAUCCCUUCUCUCUUUUACUCAUCACGCAGGGCGGCCCCCUGAGGAGGUGCCUCCUUCUCCAGUGCCACCUCCAGAACAAAUGGGUCUUGGAAUAGUGCCCUUGACUCUUAGCGAGCCUACCCAGAUGAAAGGAUUGAAGGUAGAGCCUGAGGAGUCCUCAGAGCUGCUGAGUCACCAGAAAGCAAAGGAACCCCUGAUGGCACCUGGCAGUGGGACAUUCUCCCACCAAUCAGAUUUUUGGCAGGAUCUUCAAAGCAGUGGCCUCUCUAAGGAGCAGGCAGGCAAGGGUCCCAAUCAGUCACAUGGCCUAGGUUCUGCUUCCUGGAACCACUCCACAGCUGUCCACCAGCCACGUGCUCGGGAUAAGCCCCCACCAAUCUCAUUACUUGCCAGUAGUUGUAAGCAGGAGUCAGCAUCUAUUAUGACUCCUUCUUCUUCCUCUACCUCUUCCACUUUCCAGGUACUGGCUAAUGGAGCUACUGCCACCUCUAAACCCCUCCAGUCAUUGGGCUGUAUCCCACAGCCACUGUCACCCAAUGAACAGGCAUUGCCCCCACAUCUGGAGCCAGCCUGGCCCCAGGGGCUAAGACAUAACUCAGUACCAGGUAGGGUUGGCCCUGCAGAGUACCUUUCCCCAGAUAUGCAACGCCAGCGAAAGACCAAGCGCAAAACCAAAGAGCAGCUGGCUAUCCUCAAAUCUUUCUUUUUACAGUGCCAAUGGGCACGGCGUGAGGAUUACCAUAAAUUAGAACAGAUCACUGGCUUACCUCGGCCUGAGAUUAUUCAGUGGUUUGGUGACACACGCUAUGCUUUGAAGCAUGGGCAACUAAAAUGGUUUCGGGACAACGCAGUACCUGGUGCCCCUAGUUUCCAGGACCCAGCAAUUCCCACACCCCCACCUUCAACCCGCUCCUUGAAUGAAUGGGCUGAGACACCACCUUUGCCAAACCCCCCACCCCCACCGGAUAUACGACCCUUGGAGAGGUACUGGGCAGCCCACCAACAGCUUCGGGAAAGUGAUAUCCCUCAACUGAGUCAGGCAUCAAGGCUUAGCACCCAGCAGGUACUGGAUUGGUUUGACUCUCGUUUACCUGAGCCAGCUGAGGUGGUGGUUUGUCUAGAUGAAGAAGAGGAGGAGGAGGAGGAGGAGGAACUGCCAGAAGAUGAUGAGGAUGAAGAGGAGGAGGAGGAGGAAGAUGAUGACGAGGAUGAUGAUGUGAUCAUACAAGACUGAGGGGUGGGGGAGGGGAGGGGAGGUCUGUUACUAAAAGAUGAACCAACUUAGUAACUGUUCAAACAAAGAAACCACAUUUUUUUAAUUACCUUGUGGCAAAGAACUAAAAAGCUUUGUGUUCUUGAGGUUGGGGGAUGGGGGAUGUAGUGAGGGUGGACCAGGGAGGAUGACCAUAGGGCCCAAAGAGAGGUGAGGAUUGGUUGGGCAGAAAUCAGGCCUUUAGUCUCGGUGAAGAGAGUGCUAAGGAUCUGGUCCAAACCAUGGGCUGGGAAACAGUUCUUGCUCUCUUCAUGUCUGUUCUUUCCCCUUAUUGUACUAAGGAGAAGCCAGACAUUGGCCCCACGUCUUUAGUACUGGAAAGGAGGAGUAAAGAAUUUUGAUUCAAUUGAUGAUUCUAGUGCAUCCCCCAGUCUCACCAUUUUCCCUGGAAUAUAAGGCUGCCUCACACCCCUUUCUUCUCUGAGCACGAGUCCGUGCAUAAUACAGCUGAGAGUCUUAGUGUGUCCCAGUCUCACUACAGGUAUUUCCCUCAUGCACACCAACUUGACGCUGGGUUUUCCCUGCUUCAUUACUGAGUUGCACAGGUAGCAGAAUGUUUUCACUUCUGAUACUGGGACCAUUUUGCCUUGUACUUUUUAAUCUUUUUCCAAAAUCCCUCAUUCUGUUCGCUAUUUGUCUCAGGGUAAAUCUUCCCCAUGGAGCUUGUGAAAAAGUUUAAUAAUUGGGUGGAGAAUAAUUUAGACUGGAUAUUUAUUGGAUGUGGGAACUGGGGGGAAAUGUCCUUUUAAAAAGUAGAAUUAGGUUACAGAGGGAUAGAGGAGAGGGAUGAUUUCUACUGUUCAGAAGGUGGGUGCAGGUAGGUUGCAGGUUUGGUUUUACAAAUCUGAAACUUCCUCCUGCCUAGCUUGACAAAGACUAAUUUUUCAUCUUUUUGGUGUUGGCUCAAUGUGUGUCUAUAAUAGAGACUUUUUCCCCUCUUUAUAGGAUCUGUCUUGGGGACAGAGGGACCCUGGUCUUAACUGAAUUGAUUAUUGAUGUUUUAGAAUGGUUUUCAUCAGUUGGAGUCAGAUAUAAAGAUAUCAAUGGGUUAACCAUCUAGAAAUAAGAGUGGAAGCCCCAAAUUGCUAGAAUAAUAAAAGGCCAAAAAUAAAAUUGUUUCUCCUCCA